GAAGAAGAAGACGCCGCCAUCGCCUCAGCCCUGUUUGGAUCUGCAGAAAGGUUCUGUUUUCCUGAUUUUUUGUUGUGCAUUUUUUAGAAGAAAAUCUGCAGAGAAAGGGUCGAUCGAUGCUGCUAAAGCGUUGUUCUUGGGGAGGAAUCUCUUCUCCGAUUCUGCUUCUCAAAGAUCUGCACAGGAGAGAACGCUGCCCAGCCUCUGUUUUCUCUUCUCGGCCAGCCUUGCUUGGGGAAAUCGGUACAGCAAGACGCCAUUGAGGACGAAGUGCAGUUCAGCUUGGCUCUUCAUUGGACUGGUUUUUGUUCAUUCUUAAUUUGAUUUUUUUUUUUUACGAUGGUUAUUUACUGGUUUUUGCUUAUUUAUGUGUGGUUAAAUUUCUUGAACUAGAGUUCUAUGGAUUUUAAUUUUUGAAUUAUGUGAACUUUUUUUUUUUUAAUUUAAUUCAAGAUUUUUUAAUUAUUUGCAUGAUAAAUUUAUGUUAUUGAGUUUAAUGCAUUGAGAGUCUGAGUCAUUUCAAUUGAUUUAGUGAUUUAUGCAUAAAUUUGAGAAAGAAUUGCAUAAAGUAAAUCAUAAAUAAUAUAAACGGUGUGUUAGAUUAUGAGGUAAUUAGCUUACAUGUGAUAGUGGAGGAAGAGAAGAGAGGAAGGAGCUCUCCUUUCUUAAACUAGAGGUUUUUAUAAAAUUUAAUACUCAUU